AGCUGGAGGGAGGAGGGCAGCAGCCAGUUGGUUCAUUAGGUCUCCUUUAAGCCUCUCUCCCCUGCUGCCCCUCCUCACUCGCUAGCAUGACGCUCCCUCCGCACUCACACUCUCUUUCCCUCCCCUCUCUGACUCUGUUUCGUCCCUAAAAACAAACUUUUCACCCAUAUUGAUAACCUUUACGAAAUCACGUCAGCUGUAGCGAGAAGAAAUGAGUGUUAUGACGACGGGAACACGGCUUUGUGAGCACCGCUUCUGACAGCUGAGCUCCUUCGGCAAUGCCCAAGUCCCCUCUCGGAUGAGACGAUGAGAACCCACACCCGCGGGGCCCCCACAGUCUUUUUCAUAAGUCUGCUGUGGCCCCUGCUCGCCCUGGUGUUAGUGGCGGCGGAGGUGGAUCCCAGCGGAGGAAUCCCCUUCAUGGGAGGCAACUACAAUGGUCAUCCCAUGCUGUACUUCAACCGCGGGGAUGUGGAGGAGCUGCAGUAUGCGGCGGCGGGGACUCAUCAGGAUAUGGCGAGGAGGAUCCGCGAGGCUGGAGAAACCAUGCUGGAGCAUCCGGAGAUGUACCUGCCCCCCUGGAGCCCUGCAGAGUUCAGCGCCCGCUGGAACGAGGUGUACGGAAACAACCUGGGUGUGCUGUCCAUGUUCUGUGUGCUGUACCCGCACAGGGCCGGCGCCCUCGACCUCGCCAAGGACUACAUGGAGAGGAUGGCGGCUCAGCCUAGUUGGUUGGUUAAAGAUGCCCCCUGGGAUGAAGUUCCUUUGGCGCACUCUUUGGUUGGUUUUGCCACCGCUUACGACUUCCUGUAUGAGUACUUGAACAAGGGCCAGCAGGAGCGUUUCCUCCAGGUGAUCGGCAACGCGUCACGCCUGAUGUACGAGAAGUCAUACGUCCGAGGCUGGGGGUUCCAGUACCUGCACAACCACCAGCCCACCAACUGUGUGGCUCUGCUCACUGGAAGCCUGGUUUACAUGACCCAAGGUUACCUCCAGGAGGCCUACCUGUGGACCAAGCAGGUCCUGUCCAUCAUGGAGAAGUCCAUGGUCCUUCUGCAGGAUGUGACGGACGGCUCUCUGUAUGAAGGCGUGGCCUACGGGACUUACACCACCCGCUCUCUGUUUCAGUACAUGUUCCUGGUGCAGCGCCACUUCUCCAUCAGCCACUUCGAUCACCCCUGGCUCCUUAAACACUUCGCCUUCCUGUACAGGACCAUCUUGCCCGGAUUUCAGCGGACUGUAGCCAUUGCAGAUUCCAACUACAACUGGUUCUACGGUCCGGAGAGCCAGCUGGUCUUCUUGGACCGCUAUGUGUUACGUAAUGGCAGUGGAAACUGGCUGGCAGAUCUGAUUCAUCAAAACAGGGUGAUGGAGGGGCCGGGGCAGGCUGGAAAAGGACAGCGAUGGUGUACCCUCCACACCGAGUUCAUCUGGUAUGACCCGGGACUAAUUUCCAAGCCUCCAUCAGAUUUUGGAACAUCCCAACUCCACUACUUUGAGGACUGGGGCGUGGUGACGUAUGGCAGCGCUUUACCUGCAGACACCAACCGUACCUUUCUCUCCUUCAAGUCAGGGAAGCUGGGGGGACGUGCCAUCUUCGACAUUGUCCACAAGAACAAGUACAAAGAGUGGAUCAAAGGGUGGAGGAACUUUAACGCCGGCCACGAGCACCCUGAUCAGAACACUUUCACUUUUGCGCCCAACGGCGUCCCAUUCAUCACAGAGGCACUGUACGGACCCAAGUACACUUUGUUGAACAACGCCGUGUUGUUUGGCUCUGUACUCUCAGGGAGUUGCUUUAAGCCGUGGGCUGGACAGGUUACAGAAGCCUGCGAUUCCAAAUGGUUAAAGUACAAGGUGGGACUGGCGGCCGAUGCCCAGGGUAGAGUUGAAGCUGCUAUGGAGAGACAAGGAAUGGUCUUCAUCCGUGGCGAGGGGCAUUCAGCUUACAAUCCAGAACUGAAGAUUAGGAACUUCCAAAGAAACCUGCUUCUUCUUCACCCACAGCUCUUGCUCCUCGUGGACCACAUCCAUCUGGAGGAGGACAGCCCAACCAGGUCCAUGAGCGCCUUCUUUCACAACACGGAACUUCCAUUCCAGGGUACAAAGAUAGACGGCGUUCACGGAGCAUUUGUAUCACACGGUGAGGAUAAAUAUAAGAUGUUCUGGAUGGAUGACACAGGCUACAGUAACAGAGGAGUGGUAGGGUACUGGAAUUACCCUCGGGGGUACCCCUAUAAUGGCUCGAACUAUGUGAACGUCACAAUGCCAUUGAGGUACCCUCACACCAGGGUGGCUUACAUUUUCUUUGGCCCAGGCGUGGACGUGCAGAGCUUCAGCCUGCGUGGCGAUGACCAGAGAGUGGAUAUCUACCUGGCCACCAAGGAUCACACCUAUACCAUCUACCUGCUGACCGGAGAGGUCACCAGCAAGCCUCUGUUCGCCAUGGUGUUGCUGGACCACAAGAAGAUCGUAUUCGAGAAGGCAGCCGCCGCCACGGAGGACAGCUCACCAGAGGAAGUAGAGGAAUACGUCAACGUGAUGGAGGACAACCUCCAGCACGUCAAGCCCGUCUUCCAGCAGAUGGAGCGACACAUCCUGGGACGGGUUCUCAACACUGCCAGUUUCCGCAAGACUGCAGAGCGUCUCCUCCAGUUCUCUGACAAGAAGAAGACGGAGGAGGCCAUCGAGAAGAUGUUCGCGAUGUCGAAGAAACAGGGCAAGGGUAAAGGGGGGAAGAGACUGAGCCUUGGGGAGAAGCUUUCGGAGAGUCUACCUGACAUUUUUGCACAGAUUGAGGUGAAUGAGAAAAAGGUGAGGCAGAGGACUUCAAAGAGGACAUAUGAGGACAGUCCGGAGGAGGGAGAGGGAGACACGCGAGCCUUCAUGGAUUAUACAGACGGCCGUAAAAGUAAAAAGGGGGCCUUUGUUAAGGGCCGCAAAUUCAAGGAGGUUCACAUGGUGGCCACAGCAGGGAGCGAGGGUCUCUCCAGCACUGCCUCCUACAUCAGAGUCUUCCUCCUCCUGAACACUGCCACCUUCUUUUUGCUGCUGGCCGUGUUACUGACACGCUUCCAGAGAGGGCGGAGUUUGCACACGCAGAGGUGUUUCUACACCAUCCUCCUGAUAGACUGCUUCAUCUUACUGUACCUCUACUCCUCCUGCUCUCACACACAGUGUUAACGUCAUGAGUGUGCAAGGAGUCGUCCAACUGCAGAUCCAACGACCUGUCGUUCAUGGUGACCUAAAUGCACCCCACACCUCAGUCUGAGCCAGAUCUUAUCACACAGUGCCAGGGGCCACUUUUGAAAAAUAAAAAAUCUGAGAUUUCAAGAUUUUCUUUCUUUUUCUUUUGGAAAAACAUUCCAGUGUAAGAAUGAAGUUGUAGUUUUACUGGAAAAAGUCACAAUAUUGUAACAAUAAAGUUGGAAUGUUAUAAGAUACUUAUUUAAAUGCUUAAGUCUGCUUAAUAUUGGAGUCAUAAGCAGUCUGUCAGCUUUUACUUGUCAAAUGAGGGAUUCCAGUGAGCUGAAGUUUUAGGUUUCACCUGUGAAGAAUAGUAAAUGAAGUAAAAACAAUUGAAUCUUAUAACGGGAUGUUACAUUUUUGUAUUUUAAAAUGACAAUCUUAUCUCAUAAUAUUAUGAUUUGUCUUUAUUGUCAUAAUAUUAUGCAUUUUAUUAACUCAGUAUUAUGGCUUUUCCAGCUGGCACCAGAUGUCAGAAAGCUGUUGGGCUUUCAUACUGUCCCAAUGUCAAAUUAUUAGCGUAAUCUAUGUGUGGCAGUAGCUGACAGUUUUUAUGUGUCCCUUUUUUUUAUCAUUUUGUGUCCUCUGUCUGAAUUCUGGCAUUUUUGCGGGCCCGCGAACGUGGAGUCGAACUUUUCACAAGCUCUCUUUUUUCCUCAGCGGCAGUUUGUACCUGGUCACCUGAUAGCACAACCUAAAUUCGACCAAAUAGCAUAAUCUAAUGACACUUGUGGCCAGCUGGGUUUUAUUCUAAUAAUAUUCUGACUUUUUUCUUAAAAUUCUGACUUGAUACAAAUAUUAUGAUUUUCUGAAUAUG